UGCGAACACUAGCCACUAGGUAUCUUCUACCCCGUGUGAUCUAUACGACACUCAUUGUGCAAAAAUCCGUCGAAGCAGUUAGAUGUCAUGGGCGCGCUACUACAAUUCCUGUUAACGUUAGUGUUCGUCACGUUGGUUUUCUCUCAAAACGAUUUACAAGAAGAAUUCCCACCUGGAUGGACAGAAAAAUGUAUUGGAUGUAUGUGCGAAGCAUCCUCUGGAUGCAAUCAAACACUCGAAUGCAUUGAACAAAACGAAGUUAAAUAUUGCGGUGUAUUCUUGUUGAGUGACGUUUAUUGGCAAGACGCUGGUACACCUGUACUUCAAGGGGAUGACCCUACACGAAUUGGAGCAUUUGAAAGGUGCGUCAGAGACCCAUAUUGCGCAGCGAGAGCUGUAAAUCAGUACAUACAGAGAUAUGCAAAGGAUUGCAAUAAGGAUCGCGUACUGUCAUGUGAUGAUUAUGUACGAUUACAUUAUUUUGGAGAAGCAAAUUGUGAAAGACCGAUCACAUCACUUCCAUACUAUAAAGUUUUUAGAAAUUGUAUUUCAUCUUAAUUUAAUUAUUAUUAAAAUGUUGUUUUAUUAUAUAUAGGAUAUAUUAUUACAAAAAAAUAUAUAGAAAUAAGAAUAGUAUAAUAUUAUAUAGUAUAUUAUCAUUAUAUAAUAAUUAAUAUACAUACAAUUUAUUACAAAUUUA